CGCUCGGUUCGGCUGUGAUCCAACAGUGCGUAACUCCGCUUGCCAGACUGGCGCACACCAGUAGCAACUGUUGGUUUCGCACAGUACAGUGAACGGUGGUAGAGUGUAGACGUCUCUGCGCGAACGCUCGCAACGGUACGAGGGUUUUUGGUCGAUCGCGCCGCGUGUUGACACUGAUUAUGUUCGAACUGCUCGUGUGAAGGGAAACGGUGGUCGUUGUUGUUUUAGCUCGGGUUUGCUUACCUAUCUGUUUGUCGAAGGUAGUUUCCGCGUACCUCUCGGGUGGUGUGGCAUCUGUGCAAUGUGUCUUUUUGUCGUCGCGGUGUAAUACGCGAGCUAUACGUACGUAAGCAUGUAAAGUGAAUGGGAUCCGGUGCUGCUGCUGGGCCGGCAUAUUGUGUGUGCGUGUACAGUGGUGUAACCCUUUUCGGAAGAUAAAGCUGUUCUAGCCUUCAGAUCAACGGGGGGGUGCUUUUAUGUGAUGAGAAACGGCUUUAGAGAUUAUUAUAGCUUUAAAUUUGGAUUCUACGCAGAUCGAUUCUUAGGGUGACAGCAGCUAACUGACGCUAAUUCGGACAGAUCGGAUAAUGCUGUCCUUGCGGAUCACGUUCGCAGGAAUUUGGGUCAAAUAUUGUUGUUGUCCGUGCGGAGCGGAGUACAUGUGUUGGUGAUUAAUUACACACCGUACCACGAUCAGGUUUCAUGUUCAAGUUCAGUGUGAGCCCUGGGCGGCUGGCUGGGCUGACUUCAUAUCCGUGCGCGCGCGUACAGGCUAGCGCGUGAUAGUGGUUUGACCCCAAAAGCAGAACCUCAGAUUAUGAGUCACAUCAGCAACAGAGACGAACAUCUCCACCCCCCGAUCAAUCGCAUCAAUCAAAAACCUCACGGGCCGCAAAAGCUCUAAAAGCGCCCUUCUCAAAGAUUUUUGACCGAGGAAAUAACGAUACUUAAAAACUUAACAUUAGCAUACAAUAUCCGUCUAUCACUUCCUACCCUUUUAUUUUUUGUUGCGGCAUUCAAAUUAGCUGGAGUAUCUUCUGUUGUUGUUGUUGUCGUCGUAGCUAAUAAUAUCUGCAGCCUUGCCGAUCUACUGCUACGGAAGCAGCAGCAUCAUCCAUCCAUCCCUUGAACGCGCAUUACCCGAAUGUGUUGGGCCCUUAAGUGUGUAUAGCCGUGACAUUGAAAGCAUGUCUCUGCACGAAUGGUACCGCAGGCGGGAGCGGGGCUUACCACCCCGGAUCGGCGACACCGACAUGAUCCACCGUACGCUCUUCCGGUCGCUGCAGCCAAAGGUGCUACCGAACGAAUUUCCACCACCGUACCGAUCCGGCCAGGACGGUGGUGCUAUCUGCAACCUGGAGUUUUCACCUGACGGGACGGUUCUGGCUGCCGCGUGUGAGCAUAAAUCAAUCGUGUUGUUCGAUCCACUCACAGAAAAGCAAGUGUGCACGGUCGAUAACGCCCACGACGGAAGUGUGAACUGCAUCAGGUUCGUGGACAACCGUACCUUUGCCAGCUGCUCGGACGACACCACGGUUGCGCUGUGGGAUUCGCGAAACAUGUCCACAAAGCUGCGCACCCUUAACGGGCACAGUGGAUGGGUGAAGAACAUCGAGUACGCGAAACAUGCCGGCGUGCUCAUUUCAUCCGGGCUGGACGGUGUUGUGUACGGUUGGGAGCUGAACAACAGUACGGAGCAGGGCUGUACGUACCAACGGUUGCUGCACGUGCCGGGACUGAUGCGAUGCCGGCUGGUACCGGAUGAGACGCGCCUAGUGCUCUGUACGACCAGCGGUUACCUAAUGCUUGUGCACGAUCUUAACCUUGCCAGCAUCGCCGGAGAUCUCGUCAACUUUCGCCCAAACAUUCACCGACUGAGCCUAAUGCGCAAACAACGGAUCACGUUCGCUUCACGUAAGAGUCCCACGAUCUCCCACAAACGAAGGAGAAAUCGCGUCGAGUUUGUGAGCGAUUUUCCUACCGGCGACGAUGCGGAAAUGAUUAGCGGUUUAACGAUACAUCCUCAGGGCUGGUGUGCUCUUAGUAGAAAUAUUUCAUACGAUGAAACAACAGAGUGGUCUGUAGUGCAUGAUAUUCAAAGCUGGACUGAAGAUGAUGAUGACCCCAGUAUGGAUCAAGAGAACGUAGACUCAGAAAGGGAAGAUGAAUCUGAAGCAGAGCCAGAACCUCAACCAGUCCGAAGCAAUCCUCUCAGGUUAACGAACGUCUAUGUAGGUGAACAUAAGAGAGGAACCAAUGGAACUAUUCUCCACGAACCGACAUGGUGCAAUAGUAACACCGCACAGCGGAAUGUGAUCAAUAACGUUUUUCCGACUCAUUCGGGAGCUUCAUGCCCAAACCUCGCCCACACACCACACUUAAGACUGCUGCCAACCGGCGAACCCAAUGCGAAGGGAUGCGAUGACGCGACCACCAUCAGCAACGACGAGAAGGUUGUGUGGCCACGGGACAUGACCGUAGGAAGGAACCGUACGGCCAAAAACCUACCAGCCAACAGUUCCCGGUUGCUGUACUACAUGCAGGAAUCGAAAAAGGUGGAGGGUUAUAUGCGUGAGGCGUGCUUUUCGCCCGAUGGGCGGGUCAUCUGUUCACCGCACGAUGACUGUGGCGUACGGUUGCUAGCGUUUAACGAGCAUUGCAAUGAGAUGCAUUACGCCCGACAGUACGGUAGUAACGGGAGCGGGCCGGAGAUGCUGCGAGAGCUAGAGUACAAGCCGUGCCAUCCGCACGUGGUCAUCAGCAGCCAGUUUAGCCCACGGUUUCCACUGCUGGUUACCGGUUGUCUGCUGGGUAAUGUUGUUUGGAAUCUACCGGUGUUAAGUUGAAGCGUUCUGAUGAAUGCAAAUGUUGAACUACAAGUAUACGAGACGUGUAGGAUGGGGGGAGGGCGGGGGGGGGGGAU